AGGAUUUCUUAGAUCUCUUUUCUAUUGGUCAUCGUUUGUAAACCAUGAUUAUUUUCUUUCAAAUCAUAGAUCCAUUAUCAUUAUCCCACAUGUAGGUUAAAUAACGAGAUCCGGAGGAACAAAGGAACGACGCCGGACGGCAAGAGAUGGGGGUGGAUGCGUGCUAUAAAUUCCAGUGAGAUCAUUUCAUGGCGAAGCAAACUCUUCCUCUCCGUAGAAUCCGCUUCCCGUACCGACAUUUUUAAAGCAAGAAUUUAUUCGUUUUCCUCGCCUUUGUCAUUCUUCUCUUUAACCUCCUCUUUAUAGAAGAAGAAGAACACCAGCAAACAUAAUCCACCGACCAUUUGCCGUUGGGUUAUGAUGGCCAAAUGCUCGUCUAGAGUUAGAACACAGGAUUAGGGUGGAGUUUCAGCCCUUGUAAGAAAGGGCAAAGAAUUUUUAAAUGCACCUGGCUUGUUAUGUUGGAGACUCAACUCACUUAUCCUGCCAGAUUCCAGCCAUCAGAUUCAAGCAAUAGCACCUCGUUCACCUUCCAUUCAGUUCACUUGUGGCAAACGCCUAAACCUCCUUAUCAGAAGAAAAGAUCAUGCCUCGGACAACAGAAAUCAUCAAUUGCAAUGGGGACUCUAUUAAGGUGGGAACUACUGGUACAAUUGGCUCCCUGAUGUCACGAGAGUUAGAGUCCAUGAAACAAUCAUCACAAGCAUCGUCUUCCUCACGAAGAAAAUCUCAAACAGGCCCAGUUUCAGUACCCUGUGGUGCUAGUCCUAAGAAAACAUUGCAAAGGAAAAAUCCACUUAAUGAAUCUGGUAGCAGCGGCGGUGGUGGCGGCAGCAGCAGCAACAACAAUGGCACAGCUCACAGAACCCCUGAAGAUGCACACAAACCCCGACACAACCCCCGGAAAAAUGGACAUCGAGUUCCAAUGCUAGGCUCUGAUGAUAUCCCUAUAGACAGAAAUCCAAAUACAGACAAAGUGGAUAAGAAAGGACAACCUUACAUUGUGGAAGUCGUAGAUCUAAAAUGCAGCAACCCCAUGAGCAGCCGGCUUAGAAAGCUUGGCUUCUCCAAGCUCUCUGAGUCCAUCUCCUAGUCCUGUGGCAGCUUCUUACCAUCCUUUCUCAGGUUUCUGUAUCCAGUCUCUUUGAUCCUCUCUGUCUGACCAGGGUUUGCUAUCUCUACUGCAGAGCAGAUGCUUGGCAGAAAUCCUCCAAAGCUUACCACCUUCUUCUUCAUCUUUUUAUUCUUCUUUGGCGCUGUGCCACCAGAGCCUGACUUGUUCCUGAUGCUGCCAUUUGGGGAAGCUACAUCCAUAGUCAGCUUCUUUUGUUUUUGGCUAGAGACUUCUUUCUGGCCUAGAUCAAGCCGUCUGAAGUACUCAAUCUCCUGUGAGACCAGAGAUCCAAUUGUCCCUCGAGUGCCAACCUCGACUGGAGCUGGUGUUGCUGCCAUUUUCUUGUGGCAAAAUGGUGGUCCUUGGUGUUUGAUUUAUGGCAUUUUGUGGAAGAUGUGUGGAGUAACUUAGAGGGGUGGUCCUUGGUUGGUGGGAAUUUGCCUUUUGUGCUUUGAGGUAGUGGGGCAGUUGGUGCUUGCCUUCCGUAAAUGCUUCUGCAGCAAAAAAAAAAAAAGGAAGCAGAAGAAGAAGAAGAAGAAGAUGAGAUUGGAUGAUGAUAGGGUCAUCUUCUUCUUGUGUCUUCAUUUUGUAAUAUAUGUUGGUUUUAUUACUUCUAGUUUCAUGAUUAGUGUUUUCU